UCUAGUGUAAGCAACGUUUCACCCAGGCUGACCAUGUUCUCAGCACUUCUCUUUUGUUGGGCUGCUCUUAAACUUCAUGCUCCAGGCACAUGCUACCCUCUCCAGCAGGCACCCUCAACAUCGGAGGUCUUGGAAGGAGACUCUGAAGAGCACAGACAAGUGAAGACAAAAAGCUCUACAGAAUAUUUAAUGGAGAAAUACUACAACGAAAGAGGAUGGAAGACCUUUUAUCCAGGUUUUAAAGGAAUCUUCACCUACUUGGAGAAUCAACCUAAAGGCUGCUUCUCAGUUCUGAAUGUCAAAAGGAAGAUGUUCUUUUGUUUGGAUUCCAAAAGAAAGUUAUACGCUUCUGUGGAUGACAGCGACGAGAACUGCCGGUUUCAUUAUGUCAAAAGACACAAACAUUAUGCUGUGUUUCGGUCCUGCAGGGGUAAAAUGUUGGUUAUCCUUCGACAGAUGAAGGCCAGAAUGCACACAUACAGUUCAUCAGAGCUCUCUAGUGGCCUCUUGAUAAAACAACACAAAAAACACACAAACCGUAGAAAGAGACGCAGCUGGCACAUCGAUCCGUCUGACCCCUUAGGAUGCGAGUAUCCAGUUGUGAGAGCAAUCAACAGUCAAAGAAGACAACCACUUCACGGAGGUAAUGUUUCCAAGGAGACCAUCGCUUUUGUUGAAGACCCCUUCCAUGUGGUUUCACCUGGUCCAUUAAGUCCAUCACAGGAAAGCAUGAAAAACAGGAGAGGCAGACUCUGAGUGGACUGUCAUCUUACAUUGUACAUGACUUUUCUCUCUAUUAUUUAAUGAUAUUUCGUGGUAGACUGAUUGUAAUGGCAUCAGACCCCAGUGUGCAGGAAUGUCCUUAAGCACCGCAGACUCUCUCAGCCCUGUCGCUGAGGCUCAGCUCACCCGUUUUAAUGAGUCAACACUUAAACAACAGCAUUUUAGUUCUUUUUAUGAAAGUCUGAGAUCCGUGAUAAUGCAUUACGUCGCUAUAACGGAAAUCUGUUUCUUGUUAUUAUGGACUUACUCUACUACUUAUGGAUGUCUGAUUUAAUGUUACACUCUUCUGAGAUAUGUACGCUUUACUUUUCACGUUUUUUAUUCUACAAUGAUCACAUCUUAACCAGUAGCUUCACUUUACCUUAGGUAUGCCUAAUAGUGCUGGACACCUACUUAUUUAUUUAAGUGUUUAUAUAUUGUUAUUUAUGACGUUUGUACUGAUGUUUAUUAUCUGAAAUGCUAAAGCAGCCACGCAAUAUGGAUGUCUUAUCUAGCUAUGACUUAAACAGAUACUUUUAAAAUUAAAUGUAUUUAAUAUUUGUUAUUUCUGAUAUUUAAAAUGCAAAUGCAUUUUUAUUUUCUGCACUUUGAUGCUUGCUAGCAACUAUAUUUGUACAAAAUAAAUAAAAAU